AUGCCUUCAUACCAUAAUUGGGGCCCUAAUGGCCAGCAUUCACGAUUGCCUCCCACACCACCAGAGUAUCAACCAUACCUGACCCCCAUGAGCUCCGUGUCCGAUCACGGAUACUAUGCAACUCAGACCUAUCAGCCCCGCCGAUCUCUGUCCACUCGAGAAUACAACGAGCGAUGCCACCAAGCACCUCCGGCUUACGGCUCUCAACCAACAGUGAAUGGGCAAGUGGCUAGGUUGGGCCAUGGUCAUCCAUCUCAGGAUUAUUCAUUCCCUCAACCAUAUGCCACUUCUCAGUACCAGUAUGCCCCUGUUGUUGCUCCCAUCCUGCCACCAAUCCGUGUCACUGAAGCUAUGGACUUCUCGGCUCAAAUUGCGCAACAAGCGGAGCAACAAAAACAGAAAGAGGAAAAGCCCACUGGAGGUGUGGCUCAGCAUUUGGAUUAUGAUAUGGAUUUGAUGGCCAGCUUUGUUGCUGAGAUGUCCCAAAAACUUGUAACACCAGAAACCGUCCCUACAUCACAAUUCCGCAAAUACGUCUCUCAAAUUCUUUCAUCAACUCGAUUGCCCAGCUCAACCAUUAUGCUUGGUCUUUUCUAUCUCGCUUCUCGCAUGAAGCAUGUCACCGAGCGUGGCCAGGUCACCUCUUCUUCCGGCACCGUGUAUCGAAUGCUUACCACUUCACUCCUCUUGGGCAGCAAGUUUCUGGAUGAUAACACCUUCCAAAACCGAUCAUGGGCUGAAGUCAGCAGUAUCCCAGUCCACGAGCUGAACAUGAUGGAGUUGCAGUGGCUCACUGAUUUCAAUUGGGAGAUCCAUGGCAUGAUGUAUGAUGAUCAAGAAGGAUUCUUCUUGUGGGUCGAUCACUGGCACGCGUACGAGGAGAAGGCUCAACUCGCCAAAGUCAAGGAGUUGCAGAAGCUUGCUCCCAUUGAGACCAACAUCCAUCGCAGCCACUCUAUUCAUCAUCAGCCAUUGAUGUCGCCAGAAGGGCCAAUUCCUCCACAGUAUCAACAGGGUUCACAGUAUGAUACCCGCUGGGUACGCCCUUACAUCUCAGAGUAUUCUCCGCCAUCUGCACCGCACAGUGGUCCUUCGACCCCUGACUACUACCCAUCGGCUUGGUCUUACACUCCUACCGGUUCGACCUUUGGACGACAGUCAUACCACGCUGGCAAUGCUUCCGCUUACAAUGCUCAGCGUCAUCAAAUUCCUGCAUACACUCACAACUACAACUAUCCCAACAGCCUGACCCCAACGUCUUGGAUGACUCAUGGGCCAAAUUGUAACUGCUCUCUUCAUGCCAAGCAAGACUACUAUUUUGGUGGUCACACAGGCUAUCCAUUGCAGACUGUCGUGGGAUAA